CCGGUCCGCGGCCUCGGGCGGGCCAAGUGCGCCGCGUGUCCGGCGCGUCGGAGACGGCGCAGAGAGACCGAGUGUCGGAGAGCGGCGUGGAUCAGAACGGUGGACCGUGUGGAACUCAGUGGACCGGUCCUGUGAUACGUGGAACUGCGUAGAGCUCAGUGCGGUGCUCGGAGUGACAGUCGAUGGAUUAUGCCCGUCCAAAGCGAGUAUCUAAGUCUGCCGGCCGCGGGCCGCUGAGGAGGGCGCCGGUGGUUGUGGUCGACGCGCAGCAGCGCCGCUCCCCACCCGAGUAACGCGAGCCCGAAGCCAUGCUGGGCGGUUCGGCUAGAUGGGGGCGCUGGUGGCCGGCCCGAAGCCCCUCCCCCGAGCGGCGCCGCGGGCGGAGCGGUGCCGUGCCGCGGGCGCCCAGCUCCAGUCAGCUCGUGGUGGAGACCGAUCGUAGCUGUAGCGAGCCGGACCUUCCGGCUGCCGCGGAGCUGGACCUCCCGUCGGACCGGGCCGGCGCGGCCGGCGCCGAGGCCGGCGCCCGCCCGCGCGCCAGGACCUACUCUCUGACGCGACUCCACUACAGCGUCUACCUUGAGCCAGACGCAGAGAAGGCGGCGGCGGCCACCCUGCCCAGGACCCGCCCUCCCAUCACAAUCAUCGGAGAGGAGACGCGAGUCACGGACGAUGAGCCCGUCGAAGAGCGCAAGCAGAGACGCAAGAAAAAGCCGCUCCGUAAGUUUCUGAGCGUCGACAAUUUGCGCAAAAGCGUGCGCAAGAGCAAAGAACGGAUGCAGGGCAUCGACGAAGCGUUGCGCAGGCAGGCGCGCAACACACUGCGGCGCAUGCGCACAGACCGAAAGGGCUUUAGCCCUGCGGGUACGGCGUCCCCCUCAAUGGCGGCGCAGGAGCUGGCGGAGUCGGAGGCGGAGCUGCCUCCAGAGUCCGCAGGGGAAACUGACGAGGCUGCGGAGCAAGCACGACCAGAGCCCCCGCCGCGGAACGAUAUCUCGUUCUGCGAGGACUCUGCGACAACCAGCGACGAGCCGUGCGCCUCACCAGUGCCCCCCGAGCUCAGCAUCCGGCACGAGUUAGCGAUGGUGCAGGGGGCCGGUGACCCGACCGACGCCAGCGCCGCGCCGCGGCCGGACGAGGAACCAGCGGCCGCCAGCGCCGGCCGAGGAGGCGGCGGCUUCAGUGAGCACACUCGGGCGACGGAAGGCGGCGUCAUGGACACGGCCGGCAAACGAGAGAGGGGCGCGUCGGCCGCCAGCGACCCGGAACCCUCCGACGACCACCUGCCCCCAUCGGCGAGCCCGCCGCCGCCGCCGCCCGACGCCAAAUCUGCCCCUCUGGCCGCCGCCGAGCCGGCGCCGGCCACCGACCCUGACGAACAGACCUGGCUUUCUCCACCUGUGGAGAAAGCCGAACAGGCGAUAGAGGACCAGGAGCGAGUGCGACCUCAGCGGCCGGCCGAUGUCUCAGAUAACGAGGUCGGCAACAAGCGUGAACACCUCUACAAGAUUCUGAUCAUCGGCGAGCUCGGUACGGGAAAGACGUCCAUCAUCAAGCGCUAUGUGCACCAGUUCUUCUCGGAUCACUAUCGUGCCACCAUCGGCGUGGACUUUGCGCUCAAAGUGCUGCACUGGGACCCCAACACCACCGUGCGGUUGCAGCUGUGGGAUAUCGCAGGCCAGGAGCGCUUCGGCUCGAUGACGCGCGUCUACUACAAGGAGGCGGUGGCGGCGUUCGUCGUAUUCGACGUAUCACGCUCCGUCACCUUCGACGCCGUCAUGAAGUGGAAAAACGACCUGGACCAGAAGGUGCAGCUGGCUAACGGCGACUGCGUGCCCUGCGUGCUGCUGGCAAACAAGAGCGAUCUUCCGAAGGAGGGUAUAGUGACCACGCCCGACAAACUGACUGAAUGGGCGAAACAGCACGGCUUCAUGGGAUGGUUCGAGACGUCGGCUAAAGAAUACACGGGAAUCGAAGAGGCAGCCAACUUCCUUGUCGCCAAGAUCCUUACCAACGAGAAGAGCGGCAUCAUGACGUCGGAGGAUGAGGACCUGGACACGCUGGUGGUCGGUGACGGCCAGCCGGACCGGAACUGGUGCAGCUGCUAACCGACCUCCUCCCCCUCGGCGGAGCGCCGCCCGUCGCUGCCUCGGACCGCGCCGCCCGCGCCCGCAGCCAGGCCACCCGCACCGGCGGCGGCGCGGCGGCACAGCAUGUGCCGCACGAACGCCUCGUGCGCCACGUUUGCCACGUUUGCCACGUGUUUCCAGUGUGCUCGUGCCCGACGCUAGGCCGGCUGUACUCGAGGGUCCGGCGCCGCCAUGUCGUCGAACGAUAUUGCCUCUCGUGUCGCCGCGGGUAAAAUCGGCGUGAGCAGGGUGGUGUUUCUUGUGUUUGAGUGAGACUGGCCUAUGAAAGAUGCAGCGUCGUUUCGGUGUCCAAUUUGCGCUGUUUUGGUACCAUUUUAUGCCGAAUUUAUCUUUUUCAUGCCACUGCUUCAUAACAGCUAGGUUAUUCUCAUUCUACAUAGUUAGCAUGAUAGGAGUUCGGGUUAGUUCAAUGCCGUAUUUUUCGUGGUCCCAAUUUCAUCGUUAGCUCUACUCCGGUUUGGUGCCGGCCCGAGUCAAGUUGAUUCGAGUCGAGUCAAGUCGAGUCGGUUCGAUUCGAUUUCAUCGAAUCCGACCAAUUUGCUGCCGGCGUGACACCAGCUUGAUUCUCUAUAGAUUCGCUUCGUUGCGGGCAACGACCGAUUAUUGAAUCUGAGUAAGAGAGGCAGGCCAUCUACAUAUGGGCAAGUGCUGGUUAUAGCAGCUGGUAGCCACAAUUGGCUCAGAACGGAUAUCAACAUGGGAGCCAUAUGCUUUUUAUGGUGUUUUAUUUGUGUGCGCAUUCGCGAGUUUGUAACCGAGUAUGUUCUUUAUAUGGGCAGCCGUGUGUUGCGCUCAUGGGCUCGCUCGGGGUGGCUGAACAGCAGGCACGUGCCUACUCGUGCGGGGCUGUUUUAUUCUCGCUCGCCCAAAAGUUGCCGGACGGUACAUCACAAUGUUGUCGGCCAUAUUUAGCAGUUCGCGUGCCAUAUAUCUUACCGCUUCGAUUUCGAUUUUCAUGGAUUUUAGGUACCGGUAUUGGGAAUGUGUCGGACUCAGUCGUGGUGUUCAUAUAUGAUUGAGGUGGGUGGCGUGAUGAAUGAUGCCUUGUGGAGCGAAAGAAUUUAUUCUAAUACAUUUCAGACAUGA